GCGCGCGGGCGGGCUGAGCUCACACUCCCGGGAAGCGGCCGCGGCGGAGCCGGGGUCCGCAGCGGCUGCGCAUCGCGCGCCUCUCGCUGGGCGCUUGGGGGCUGCAAGGUGGGCUGCGCGGUCCCCCGGGAGGGAGGAGGCUGCCGGAGAGGAACUGCAAAUGACAGAGCAGAGGGACGGCUGGCCCAGCCAAUCCUGGAGCCGCUGCAGCACUUGUUCCCCAAACAAACAUGCUCUGGUGCAAGGACAGAGAGGAGGGGGCUGCUGGCUCCCAGGCCCUCCCGGGACCCUGGCCCCCUUGCUGCUGCGCACUGGAAGGGCAGCCUGGCUUAGGCUGCCGGGACAGAGGCUGCUGGUGGGCUGGGGCAUGAUGGCUGCAGCCCCUCCCUGCUGCCCUGCGUGGGAAGAAGAAUGCAGAGCCAGGUCCUGGAGGGCGAAUGGGAGAUCAGGGGCCCAUCCAUACCAGCCGUUUGGGGCGAAGAAAGAGGAGGUGAUUGGGCGGCUUCCUCGCCGUCUUGCUUCCCGAGGCCCCCCUUGCCCAGUGAACCGUCUGGUGGAGUGGUUGCCAUCCUUGAGUUUUGAGGCCUGCGUUUCAUCUUGGGGGCCCCCUGGCAUGGCGGAUGGGUGUGGUGAUAUGGACCCCAGAUGUCGCAGUGAAAGAAUACAUGGAAACAUUAUCUGUUGCCCUGGAGAACAUGAUGUUGCUUACCCAAUAAAACAUCGAACCUGCUGCCAGGUAACCUCAGCAGCCGGGCACAUCUCUCAUCUGCCAGCACCCUUCUCCUGCGGUCGGCAGGGCUGCUCUAAGGCCAGAGCAGGGAAAUGAGAAGUCUCCCAGCGUGAGGACCUUCCCUUACUCUACGUGGUGGAGGUGGGUGGUGGCUGUGUACAGAUUCUAGAAUGCACUGACUUUUUACAUUUCAGGACAGGCUCCAAGGGUCUUUCUGUGUGACUUUCCUAUCUGACUCUUUAGCAGUGAAGGUGUGAGUGCAGCUUUCCAUUUUGGGGGGAGAAGAGAUGGUGAGAAUGGGGUCAGGACAGAAGCCAAGGGAAGCCAGGCAGUGUGGAAGAUGGACAGAUACUCCCUGGAUGCACUGGACCUCCUGGCCCCCAGGUCAUUUCUCAGUGUUAUUUCCUCUGUCUACUGACACACACACUUAAUUUCCAUGCGCUCUAGUGAGACCAAUAUAUUUUUGGAUGAGCCCAAGCCAAACAGGAAGGUAAUUCUACUUGGAGGAGUAAAUACAAAUGAUGUGGGGUUCCCUGUUUUGUGUUUUCACUGAGAGUUUGCCGUCCCCCUUGGUUGGUGGAAUUCGCUGGGAGAUGGGUUAUAGGGCAGAUCCUGAUGUUCCUGGAGUUCAGGUUCACUGCUUCCCUUAUUCUCAUGUUCAGGACCAAGGUGCUAUCUGUGGGCUAAGUACCCCAGGUUCUAGAUUACUGCUCGCUAAGCAGGCAACUAGGGCAGUUGAAACCAAAAGCCUCCAAAGUCUUGUUCAAUGACAGUAAGCAUUUGAAUGCAAUGAACAAAUGAGUGCGUGUAUAUUUAGAAUGUCACACCCCAUCGAGAAAGAACCCCCAGAAAGCCUAGCUGGCUCAUCCCAGCCACAGGUCUGAGCACACCCAGGGUCAUAUCCUCUUAUUCCAUGAUCAGCUGAAGUCACUUCCUUAUGUACCCAAACCUACCCACACCCAGCCACUAUUUCCUGCUCCAGCUCAAGAAGUGCCCAUCACCCCUUUCAUAAUUCCGUAGCGUCUAGUUCACCUACCAGCCUGCUGAGCCUCCUUCCAGCUUAGCCGCCAUCUUGCUUCCCGAUCUUGCUCUUGUCUGGGGAUCCUUGGUUUCUGCUUGGACUCCCUGGCUUCCAGGCUUAGAGUGAAUUCAGUUGCCCAGUGGUCACUGGAAAUUUCAGCCCUGGGUUGCUGGUUUGGAGCUGUGUUUUGUCCUCAGUCUUGAUUCUUAACUCCUUGCACCCUGGUCCCUGCCACUUCUGUCACGUUAAAAAAUCUGAUUUCUCUAGGUCAAUCAGAGAAAGACAAU